AUGGCCACUACAACAAUUUCUACCACAAUUAAUGCUACAACUUCUAACACACUGACCGCACAAACUGGUAUUAAUGGGCCUCCUGCCGGUCACAAAAUAAACGCUUCAGAAGUGGGUUGGCUUUUCGUUCAUGAAUACUAUACGUUCUUAAACAAAGACCCAAGUCGCCUAUACUGCUUCUACGGACAAAAAUCAUCCCUCAUCCAUGGAACAGAAGGUGAGACUGUGACUCUUUCUCAAGGAGAGAAGGAAAUAAAAGAAAAAUUCCAAGGUUUAAACUUAGAAGAUUGUCGUGUUCUCGUCACCAAUGUUGAUAGUCUUGCGUCUAACAACGGUGGAAUAGUAAUUCAAGUAUUAGGUGAAAUGAGUAACCGUAAUGAAGUUGCACGAAGAUUUGCUCAAACUUUUUUUCUUGAUGUGCAGCCAAAUGGUUAUUAUGUGUUGAAUGAUAUCAUCCGGUUCCAAUCGGAUGAAGAUAUUGAAAUAUACAAUGGGGAAGAGGUAGCUGGAACAUCCAUUUCGCCCGCUGGAACAUUGGUCGAUGAACCGAUAGAUGUUUCUUCGCCCCGGGUUGAACAAGCAAGUCCAUCUGAUUCAACCCAAAAUACGACUAUUACAGAACCUUCUCUGGUCACUCCAAGAGACACGGGUUUAGAUAUACCGGUUACAUUUUCAACAAAUCCAGUUAUUGUUCCUUUACGUGCAGCUUCUAUUGAUAUGGAAGUUACCGUACCUGUUGUUGAUGAUGGCAGAAUGCACACUCAACCACCACUUACCUCAUCAAUCACACCUGAUACAAGCGGACAACCUCCAAAAUCCGGGACAAUCGCACAACCUGUUCAGAGUAGUUCUCCAUCACCGCUCGUUGUGCAAAACAAUAAUGGACAACAACCAGCUAAUGUAACCGAGAAAGAUCCCGUCACAACUUUGGCGGGUAUCGUGUCUCAAGAAGUUCAUGCAACUCCUCUUAUGCAAUCAAUUCAAACUUAUCCAAGCAGGCCUCAAUCAGCAUCUGUUGUCUCAUCUAACACACAAUCACCUGCGAACUUGAAUAAACAAGAACCAGUUACUGCCCCAGCAAACGUCGAAUCACAUCUAAUAAAAAUGGCAUCGUUACAAGGAAAUAAUGUUCAAGCUCCAAACUCGACAGCGGUUGACGCAGCAACUACUUCUAACGUGCUACCAGUUGAGCAGGAUAAGAAUGGACCGCAGCCUGCGAUUUCAAAGAAACCGUCUGAACAAUCGCCAACAACCAACGCGUUACAAGGUGUUGGUCAAGCUCCAUCAACUCAAAUUGUAUCUACUACUACUAGCGGUACACAUGUCACGCAGAAUAGAACUGAACAGCCUGCAAACAUUCCAAAGCAGGCAUCUGCUCAGUCUCCAGUAGUUAGCAUUGAUGCACAGUCACAGAAAGAUAGUCAUUCUCCUCAAUCAGCGACAGAUAAUAAGGUUCAAGUUUCUUCAAACGGGCCAAAAUCACCAAAAUCACCGUCCACAUUGCAGAAAGUUCCGACUACGGGACCUCAGCAAAAUGAUCAAGAAACCAAACGAAUAUCUCGACCAGAAUCACCUUCUGGCUUAACCGCUUGUCCUGUAUCAUCAUCUGCUGUAAAUAAUAAGGGUCAGCCAGCUAAUGCAAAACAGCCGAUAAACAAGAAUAUUAGUGCACAUGCUGUCAAGAAAAGCUCUGCUCAAAACGUUUUGAAGAAUGUCGUCACUACCGGUUCGAGUGACUCUGAACAGCAAGGGGUAAAAUCUUCUAACCAUACACCACAGAUGCAAGCACCGGUUAAGAAAACUUGGGCAAGCUUGGCGGCCAAUGGAUUAGAAAAGUGGAAUAAUACUGCAUUAUCUGAAGCAAAAGGCGUGGUCGCAUCAGUUCCCGUAAAGUCUGGUACACAAGCUCAGUCUCAACAUAUGCGAGACAAUCGUGAUCGACGUUCCGAGGGGUUAAAAAACAAUAAUCGACGUAACAGCGAUACAAGCCUCUCAAUAUAUGUAAAAGGGGUCACAUCCUCAAUGACUUAUGAUCUGCUCAAGUCAGCGUUCACGAGCUUUGGCCAUGUUAAACAUCUUGACGUUGUACACUCAAAGUCCUGUGCUUUCGUUGAUUUCUCCAAUUUCGAAUCAUAUCGACGCGCUCUUGACGCGCAUACAGUUGAAAUUGGAGGCGAAACCGUUAACACAGAAGAACGUCGUGCACGUCGUAACACUGGUAAACCUUCCCGCGGACGCUUCUAA